CCUUCACCUUAAGAAAAAAGGAACCCCAAAAACUCUGAAGCAAACUCUAAACGCAACUUCUUCUUUUUAAUCUCCUCAAUUGAUUUAUAAGCGAUUUUAGUUAGUGGGUUUCGCUUCCUUUUCGAUUUCCAAAUCGGAACGGUCCGAUUCCGCGUAUCCCCUGGUGAGUUAAGUACCGAGUUCCAACGAUUUGUAUCUAUCUUCAAGUAUCAUUGUUUUAUUGAAGCACCCAAUUGAGAGGAAAAACUGGGAUAUGGAUUAUUAGUUGAAUGCCCAUUUGUUUAUAUCUCUUCGAUCAAUAAUUUUUUUGUUCAUAUUAUUUGUGGGGGAAGUUUUGGUCAUGCAAUUAACGCCGACCUCGGUUUCUUCAUCGAAACGGAGGGAUUCUGGGAAAAAAACGGGUGCUAGGCUUCAAACGAAGCGUAAGAGACUAGAUGCAAUAUGUGAGGACGAGUAUAAUAGGAACCAUGGAGAAGGGAAUAAGGGGGAUGGUGCUGAUGGGUCGGAGAGUGUGGACUUGGAGCUCCGUAGGAGCUCUCGGGUCAGGAGAGCGCCUGUUGUUUUGGAUGUGUCGCCUAUGCCGCCGAAGAAGAGGCGGAAGGUUGGGAAGAAUGGGAGGUCCGGUCCGGGGAAGAGGUCUUUAGGAAGUGUGAAGAAGGAGGAGGAGGAAUGGACUAGGGAGGUACAGACUCUGGGGAGUUGGACAUCAAGGCUGAGGACAAGGAGAAGGAAAUCGAGUUUUAGAGCGAAGGUUGAGGAGAGAGAUUUUUCGAGUAAGAGGAAGCUCUUUAAGGAUAUAGGUGAGAAUGAGGAUGAAGAGGAGGAGGAUCAAGAAGAGGAGGACGAAAAGGAGGAGGAGGUUCAAGAAGAGGAGGAGGAAGAAGAAGAAGAGGAGGACGACGAAGAGGAGGAGGAAGACAAAGAGAAAGAGGAGGGUGAAAUGAAUGAUGGGAAAAUUAUGAUUGUCACAUACAAGAGGCUGGGGAGGGUUAAGGCAGCGAGUGGUUCAGAGAGUAAAGAUAAGGUUGAGAUCUGUCUCAUGGAAGAAGAAAGAGAGUUGGAAAAAGAAGAAAUUAAAGGUGAUGGAAAAGUGGAUGGUGAGCCUGUUUUAGAAAGUGAAACAAGUCAUGAAAAUCGUAGGGAGGAUGAGGCUGCCGAGAAUGUUCCUGUUCUGGAGAGUGAAAUCAGUCACUUAAAUAAGAGGUUGGAUCAAAAUCUGGUUAAUACGGUUGAAGAAGAAGAUAGAGAAGUUUCAAAUUGUAUGCAGUCCGAGGAGGGUUGCAUUGGCCUUGAAAAUGCUAAGGUAACUGAAUCAAUUGAAAGAGUGGAGCCAAGGGAAAAACAAGAUCAACAGUUGGAAUGUGAGGAUGGAGGAGCAAACAGAGAGGAUGUUGUAGAAGUAUAUAAUGUUCCAGAGGAAGUUGAAGAUGGUGGUAUUCAUGAUGCAAAAGAUAAUGGAUUGUUGGAGGUUUCUGAUAAAGAUAUGAAGGUAGAGGAGUCAAAUCAAGCUACUCCUGAGACAAUUAGCAAGGCACGAAUCAAACAAGGCAGAAGGUGUGGUUUGUGUGGUGGUGCAACUGACGGCAGACCCCCAAAGAAGCUGGUUCAUGAUGCAGGUGAUAGUGAAAACGAAACAUACAGCUCUUCAGCUUCUGAGGAACCUAACUAUGACAUUUGGGAUGGGUUUGGGGAUGAACCUGGGUGGCUUGGUCGUCUCCUGGGUCCUAUAAAUGAUCGUUAUGGAAUUGCUCAAAUCUGGGUUCAUCAACAGUGUGCUGUAUGGAGUCCUGAGGUUUAUUUUGCUGGCUUGGGCCACUUAAAAAAUGUUAGAGCAGCCCUUUGUAGAGGAAGAGCAUUAAAAUGCACCAGAUGUGGGAGGCCAGGAGCAACAAUUGGAUGUCGUGUUGACCGGUGUCCUAAAACAUACCACUUGCCUUGUGCAAGGUCUAAUGGUUGUGUCUUUGAUCAUCGUAAAUUUCUCAUAGCUUGCACUGAUCAUCGACAUCUCUUUCAACCUCAAGGAAUUCAAUAUCUAGCCAAGAUAAGGAAAAUGAAAGCUAAGAAAAUGAAGUUGGAAAUGAGGAAGGUAUCAAAUGAUGCAUGGCGAAAGGAUAUUGAAGCAGAAGAAAAAUGGUUGGAGCAUUGUGGUGAGGAUGAAGAGUUCUUGAAACGAGAGGGCAAGAGACUUCAUCGAGACUUGCUAAGAAUAGCACCUGUCUAUAUUGGAGGCUCAGAGUCUGAUGGUGGGAAAUCUUUUGAGGGUUGGGAAUCAGUUGCUGGUUUGCAGGAUGUUGUCCGGUGCAUGAAGGAAGUUGUUAUCUUACCACUGUUGUAUCCUGAGUUCUUUGAUAAUCUGGGCCUUACACCACCAAGAGGUGUCCUUUUGCAUGGAUAUCCUGGAACAGGUAAAACUCUUGUAGUGCGAGCAUUGAUUGGUGCUUGUGCUCGUGGGGAUAAGCGGAUUGCAUAUUUUGCCCGCAAAGGUGCUGAUUGUUUAGGGAAAUAUGUUGGUGAUGCUGAACGUCAGCUGAGGCUCUUGUUCCAGGUUGCUGAGAGGUGUCAACCUUCAAUAAUAUUUUUUGAUGAGAUAGAUGGCUUAGCACCUAGACGGACAAGGCAGCAAGAUCAGACACAUAGUUCAGUUGUGUCCACACUGCUUGCUCUGUUGGAUGGUUUAAAGUCUCGGGGCUCAGUGGUGGUGAUAGGUGCAACUAAUCGCCCUGAUUCUGUUGAUCCUGCAUUGAGGAGGCCUGGAAGAUUUGACCGAGAGAUUUAUUUUCCACUGCCAUCAAUGGAAGACAGGGCUGCAAUCCUUGAACUUCAUACUAAAAAAUGGCCGAAACCAGUUACUGGAUCUAUGCUGAAAUGGGUUGCAAGAAAGACUGUAGGGUUUGCUGGUGCAGAUUUACAGGCCCUUUGUACUCAAGCAGCUGUUAUUGCCCUGAAGAGGAAUUUUCCUUUGCACGAAAUUUUGUCUGCUGCCGAAGAGAAAACUCCGGGUGCUAAACGUGUUCCUCUUCCUACUGUCAGAGUUGAGGAAAGGGAUUGGGUGGAAGCUUUGUCAUGUUCUCCACCUCCUUGCUCACGUCGAGAAGCUGGAAUGGCUGCUCAAGAUUUAGUUGCCUCUCCUCUUCCUGCGCAUCUCAUUCCUUGUUUGUUAGAACCAUUAUCCACUUUGCUUGUUUCUCUUCAUUUGGAUGAGCGCCUCUGGUUGCCACCAGUUCUUUCUAAAGCUUGUGGUGUGAUCGAGAGUGUGAUUGUAUCCACAUUGCAUGAAAAGAGACUGUCCAAGGAUCAUUGGUGGUUGCAUGUUCGGGAUCUUCUUCAGGAAGGAGAGGUUAUCAAACAGAUAGAGAGAAGGCUAUCAUGUGCUGGGAUGCUAGUUGGACAGAAUUAUGAUGCUUUUGUAGGUGAUGUUAGUGAUGAGGUUGGCAAGUUUGAACAUCCAAUAUUGCGUAAUGGCAGUUCUAGUUUGUCACAAAAUACUUAUUUGACUUCAAAAAGGAAAAUGGGUUUUCGAAUAUUAAUUGCUGGCUGUCCAAGGUCUGGCCAAAAGCAUCUUGCUUCUUGUCUUCUUCACUGUUUUGUUGGGAAUGUUGAAAUACAAAAAGUCGAUUUAGCUACAAUUGCACAAGAAGGGCAUGGUGACUUAAUUCAAGGAGUAACUGAAAUUUUGAUGAAAUGUGCAAGCAUGGGAUCAAGUGUAGUGUUUAUGCCAAGAAUAGAUUUGUGGGCUGUAGAGACCAUUAAUCAAGUUUCCGAGGAGAGCAAUUCAUAUUCAGUGUUAGAUCAAGCACCGAUGGAGGAAGAUCCUCAACUUGUUGGAAAGGAGCAGCAAUCUGAGUUUGCAGAAACAGUAGAGGGUACAAAUGCUGUCCAAAGUGUCUCACAUACCUGGAGCUCAUUUGUUGAGCAUGUGGAAUCUAUUUGUGCUUCUACAUCCUUGAUAAUCUUGGCUACUUCAGAAGUUCCCCACAUGGAACUCCCCAAUAGAGUAAGGGAAUUUUUUAAGAGUGAUCUACCAAAUUGCAGUCAGAGAACUACAUUAGGGCACACAGUACCAAGAUUUACAGUGCAUCUCGGCAAGAGUUUCAACCAUGAUAUGGUUAUCAAACUAUCUGCUGCAGAGCUAUCAAGGGAUAUCCUUCAAUAUUUUGUUCAUUUAAUUCAUCAAAAGUCUCACGUCCAUGAAGAUUCCAAAAGAAAAAAUUCUGUCCAAACCCCUGCAGCUGCAGAAACUGAUAACACAUCUCAUGAUUUGGCUCGUGAAGUUGGUUCACAAUCUUGUGGUGAUUUGUUCAUCACAGUGCCGGCAGAGGUGGCACCACCAGCCAACAUUAGAAAUUUGAAGGGCAAACCAAACUUGAUGCUGGCAAUAUCUUCAUUUGGCUAUCAAAUUUUGCGAUGUCCGCAUUUUGCAGAGCUUUGCUGGGUGACAUCAAAACUUAAAGUGGGUCCUUCUGCAGAAAUUGGUGGCCCCUGGAAGGGCUGGCCAUUCAACUCUUGUAUCAUUCGUGCCACCAACUCACCUGACAAGGCAACGGUUGCAUGUGGCUCCAGCAACACUAAAAGCAAAGAGAAAUUUGGUUUGGUCAGAGGUCUGGUUGCAGUUGGUUUAACAGCAUACAAAGGCUUAUAUGCAUCACUUAGAGAAGUUUCCUCCGAGGUGCGGAAGGUUCUUGAGCUACUAGUUGGGUGGAUUAAUGCUAAAGUUAACAGCGGAAAAGAUAGAUAUCAGUAUGUUCAUAUUCUGUCUCAAGUUGCUUAUUUGGAAGAUAUGGUUAACAACUGGGUUUAUUCGCUGCAGAGUUUAGAUCAAGAUCUUCAAAUAAAAGCAGCAAGUCCCAAUGCUUUCGGAUCUCAAGGUAGUUAUUCUACAUGUGUGAAUGAUAUGGAUAGAUCAAGAAGUUGCCCUGAAUCCAAAGGUCCAGGUGUAAACACCAAGGAAUCUGCUGUGCAAAAUACUGAUUUCAUUGAUUUAAGCAAGAAGGAUGACAACGAAGAAAAAGUUGAACUUCUCGAAGAAGCUGUGCAGGGGCAGGGGAUAGGCAUCAGUGGUAAUACCAUUUCAGAGGAGCAUCUUAAUUCUUCUCCAGCCAACCAACCAACUGCUUGUGUAGAUGAGCAGAAUGCGACAAAUAGUCUGCAUGCAUCAGAAAGUACUAGAAGUCGAAUGGUUGAGAGAGAAUUAACAGCUCAAAAUAAAGAUUCCAUUGACUUGAACAAGAUGGUUGAUGAAUGUGUUCCUAGUCACAAGGUAGAAGUUGCUGCGGUGGAAGAAGAUGUAGUGAGUGCAAGUCUCUGUGAUAAUACUAUUUCACUGGAGCAUCGUAACCGUUCUUUGGCCAAUGAUCAGCUUUGUGUAGAUGAGCAUAACAGGACAAUGCCCAGACCAAGUGGUUCAGUAAAUACUGGAAAUCCUAUGCUUGUGGGAGAUCCUCGGUCUUCAAAACAGUGUAACGGAUUCGCACCGAGCAAAAAUGUUCUUUCUGAGAAUGGAUUUUGUAGUUCAGAUGAACUAGACAGUGUAACGUUCUCUGGUUCUGGGAAAACUUGCAGCCGCAUUAAUGCUUCUGAAAUUGAGACCACUAUCACACCUGAACUUGGCAAGCCUGAUGAUCAUGAACAAGGAAAAUAUCCCGAUUUCGUUUCGAAUGGAACUGCUCUUCCAGCUGAACCCGAAACUACAUGCUUUUACCGCUGCUGCUCUGGCUGCCUACAUACCCUCCUUGGUUUGAUGCAAAAGCUUCUGUGCAAGGAAUGGAAAUUAGGUGAUGACUAUUGGACAGUAGAUGAUAUUUAUGAUACAGUUGCAUUACUGUCUAUGGAUCUUCUUUCAACUGUCAGGAAAGUUUAUGGUACUGGAUGUAGCAGCAAUAAAUUUGAUGAAAACCUGAGAAAUGAAAAUCAUGGUAACUUAUCAAACUGUCCGGAAUGGAGUAGAUGCUGUUGCAAAAGCUCAGAAGAUGGUUUAGUUAUUCCAACACAAUGUAGCUGUCACUCUGUAGGAACCACUUCUCCAAACAUACAAGCCGAUUUGGAUCCAGAAUUCGUUUACAGAGAUGGAGUGAUGGUUCCUAUAGAUUCUAGCAAAGAAGUUUCUUUUCACUGUAAAUUCGAUACGUUGUGCCUCUGCUCUCUUAUAGUCUCUCUCUCAAUGACUAAGCAGCCUUCGGAAUGAUUUCGGUUUUUUUACAGUACCAAGGAAGGAGCAUUACCGUAUAUCAUAUCUUCUCCCGAGGCAUACUCGACUGGAAGGGUCAUUAAUUUGUUUCCUACUCGAAUUGCUUCCCCAAAUUUUGUUUCUCCUGGGAAGAAGCUAACCUACAUACCAUGUAAAUAUCAUCCAAGGUUACUGCAGCUCUGGGUACUGUAUGUUUUCUCAUGGCCAUCACAUAAUAAUAUAUAUUCGUAUGGAGGUUUGUCAUUGUGGUGUUUGUUAUUUUGUUGCAUUCUUUUGCAUUUCGCGAAUACAUUGAUAUAUACUCUUCUUAAGCAGUGCGAUUUUCGGGCUCGAAGUUUUG